AGAGUCUGGACAUUGUUAUAAGUACCUACAACGUUGCAUCAAGAAUAAAAAUAGUAGGAAGAAGGAGAAACAUGGGGUGCAAAAAGCUUCUUUCCAUUCUGAUCGUGGCAUCCAUCGUUGCUAUUGCUAUGGCACGUCCUGGAGGGUAUGGCUAUAGACUGGGUUACUCCUAUCCGAUUACUUAUUCGAGUUAUAGUUAUCCAAACUAUGGUUAUGGCCACGGACUCUAUUCUAAUUUAUACAGCUAUCCAUCGUAUGGCUACGGUCACGGUUUUGGACUAGGUUACGGUGGAUACUUGUGAGAAGGAUGAAGAAAGAAGCCAUGAUUACAAAAAAAAUUCCCAUCAUUUUUCAAAGUGAAAAGUGUCAAUCGUCCACCCACUAUAAAAUAAUAUAAUUCUUAAGAUCGAUCCAUUAUAAAUUUACUAUAAUAUAUAUUAUAAUAAAUGCACCUUCUAUUACCCGAA